AUGUCGAGUGCUGUUAAAUAUUUUUACAAGGGCAAAGAAACUGAUUUGAUCGUUUUUGUCACGUCUGUGGAUGAAGUUAAGGAAUAUCUGAAGGAUCCUAGUAUUGGAAAGCUUUCUGAAGUUGUUGAAGUGUUCCAGGUUUUCACCAACAAUGCGGGCGAAGGUGCUGAAGGCGAACUAGGCGAAGCCUCCAAAUCGCAACUAGCCAAUGAGUUUGGAAAGGAUAAGAAAGUCGAAGAAAUCAUCGAUAUUAUCCUGAAAAACGGAGAGCCAAACGCCAAAGUGGAUACCAUUGAGGAUCGCAGGGACUUCAUUGUGUAA